AUGAGAUGCACUGAGAAAGAAAGGGACAAAAAUGCAAGAAAAGCCAAACGGUUAGACAAAGAGUCAAGAAACAUUGAGAAAGAAAGGGACAAAAUAGCAAGACAGGCCAAACGGUUAGACAAAGAGUCAAGAAACAUUGAGAAAGAAAGGGACAAAACAGCAAGGCAAGCAAAACGGCUAGACAAAGAGUCAAGAAACAUUGAGAAAGAAAGGGACAAAACAGCAAGGCAAGCAAAACGGCUAGACAAAGAGUCAAGAAACACUGAGAAAGGGAGGGAAAGAGCAACAAAACAGGUUAAACGAUUAAACAAAGAAAUGAGAUGCAUUGAGAAAGAAAGGGACAAAAUCACAAAGAAAAGAAAGAGAAAUGACCCAAUAUUUAGACUUUCUGAGAAAGAAAGAGAGAGAAAUGCUAAGCAAAAACAAAGAGCAAAUAUAGACAUAAUGAAUAAUGAACAUGACAGAGAUGUCAGAAGAAAAAGGAAGUGUAGGGAAGAUUCUGCAUUUCUUGAAAUGGAACGCAUAAGAAAAUCUGUGAAGAGAAACAAUAUUGACUAUCGUGAGAAUGAACAGUCUAGAGAAAAGAGUGCUAAAGCCCAAAAAAGAAAAGAUCCUCAGUUUUGUAGGAAGGAAAAUAUUGCAAGAAAAUGCAGAAAGAAUGGAACAUCACUUACAAAUGCAAUAUCAGCAUUUAACAAAAGAAUAGAAGAAGGACCAUUAUAUGUAUGUACAUGCUGUCACCAGACCUGGUUUUCUCAUUCAGUUGUUGAUAGCAACUUUCUUAGAAAAAAUUUACCUCCUGAAGAUGUUGCAAAAUUUCUCACCAACUAUGUUUCAAUUGGAGGAAAAGAAUGGAUAUGUUUAACAUGUAAGAAAUCAAUACAAGAAAAGAAAAUGCCAAAGUUGUCAAUAGCAAACCAUGUACAAUUUCCUACCAAACCUGAAGAACUUGAACUUCAUCAGUUAGAAGAACGCCUCAUAGCUUUACGGAUUCCAUUUAUGCAGCUAAGAGAGUUGCCUAGAGGAAGACAGUUAUCUAUCAAAGGAAAUGUUGUUAAUGUUCCAGUAGAUAUCCAACCAACUGUAAACUCUUUGCCAAGACAGUUUAACAAUGAUAUUACAGUGCCAGUCCGCUUAAAGAAGAGACUAAGUUACAAAACUUGUGAUUUUGUGGAAAAUGUGAGACCACAGCAUGUAAUCAUUGCAUUACACUGGUUGAUGAGAAAUAGCCAAAUGUACAAAGAUGCAAAUAUUCAUUUAGAUGAUGAAUGGGAAGCCAGAAUAAAUGCAGAUAGCAGUGAAAUUAUUUCAGAAUAUUUUAACACAAGUACUUCUGGGUGUACUGAAGCAAGGAAUACAAACCUUGAUGGCACAUCAGACAGGUUAGAAGAGAGUCAUUUUGAAGAACUUGAUGAAAGAGAGGGGAAUUCUGGCAGUUGUGACACAUUAUUGGAUGAUGCAAAUCCUGUGCAAGAUCAGGUGUAUACGUUUGCUCCAGGAGAAGGUCAAACCCCAUUGAGUUUGUACACUGAUAAGGAUGCAGAAUUCUUGUCUUUUCCAACCAUUUACUGUGGUCAGAGGAUGGCAUCAAAUGAUGAUCGUGAAGUUAAAGUUCAUUACAGUGAUCUUGUGAAAUGGGAACUAAGAAAUAUUGACAGACGUGCAGCAAACAGUGUGCCAAAUUUAUUUUUCAAAAUGAAGAAAAUUCAAAUGAAGCAAAUAUCAGACAAAGUCAAUCUUGUAUUAAGAAGAUGCAAGGGCACAGAGAAGAAAUUAACAGCUGGUGAUGUUCUCAAUCAGGAAAUACUUGACAAGAUAACAAGAUUAGAUGAGGGAUAUUACAUUUUUAGAACUUUACGGAACAGUCCUCCAUAUCUUGAGGCCAAAAAGAAAGAGUUGUUUGCAAUGAUUAGACAAUUGGGAUUACCAACAUGGUUUGCAUCUUUAUCAGCAGCAGAUACAAGAUGGUCUGAGUUACUCAAAACUCUUGCUCAACUCAAUCUCAAGAAAUCACUAACUGAUGAGGAAAUAGACAAUAUGACAUGGGCUGAAAAAACUGACUUGGUGCAAAAAGAUCCGGUAACAUGUGUUCGCUUUUUUGAUCAUAGAGUACAUGUGUUUAUUAAUACUGUUUUGAAGAAUGAGGAUCAACCUGUCGGGGAACUGAUAGAUUUUUUUUAUCGUGUUGAAUUUCAGCAUAGAGGAUCACCUCACAUUCAUAUGCUCAUGUGGAUAAAACAUGCUCCAAAAUUUAAAGAAGAUCCAGUGUCUGAAAUUGCACAAUUUAUAGACAAGUAUGUGUCUUGCUCUGCAAACUGUGAUGAUGACGAUAGAGAAUUUGUAGAUUUACAAAUUCACAAACAUUCCAGAACAUGUAGGAAAAAAGGAAAAGACAUUUGUCGAUUUGGAUUUCCUCAGCCUCCUAUGGAUUCAACUUUGAUUUUAGAACCUUUAACAGCAGAUGAUCCAGAUUCAAUGAGAUACAAAGAAAUUUUUGCAAAGGUUAAGAAAGAAUUAGCAGAUAUGAAAGAAGGGAAAAGUAUUUCUUUCAAUGAAUUUCUACAUUCACUGAACCUGGAGAAAGAAGAUUACAUAAAGUCAGUCAGGAGUUCCCUUGAUGGACCACAGCUUUUUCUGAAGAGAACCCCUAGUGAAAUAAGAGUUAAUCCUUAUAUGAAAAAUGUUUUAACAGCAUGGCGAGCUAAUCAUGAUUUGCAGUUUGUGUUGGACCCAUAUGCAUGUGCCAUGUACAUAGUGUCCUACAUUAGCAAGUCUCAACGUGGAAUGAGUAAUCUGCUUGAUCAAGCAUGUAAGGAAGCAAGAGAAGGAAAUAUGGAUUUGAAAAAACAGGUUCGACACAUGGGAAACAAGUUCUUGAAUGCAGUUGAGAUAAGUGCACAAGAAGCGUCAUACUUGAAUUUACAAUUGCCCUUAACAAAAAGUUCAAGAGAUGUUGUAUUUAUAAAUACAUCACCACCAGAAGAAAGAACUCUUCUAUUGAAAUGUAAGUCUGCUUUAGAAGAAUUACCAGAGAAUUCCACAGACAUUCAUGCAAGCAGUGUGAUCAAGCGUUAUUCUCAAAGACCAAGGCAACUUGAAAACUGGUGUUUAGCAGACUAUGCAGCAGAACUAGAAAUUGUAUAUCCAAAAGAAUUCAAAGAAAGUGAUGAGCUUCUAGAGCAAAAUGAUGAUUCUGAAGAUGAACAAGAAUUCAGAGAAUUGGAAGAUGAAGAGAUCAAUUCAGAGCUGAUUAGGAUAGUUUUAAAAAAUGGCAUCAUCAUAAGGCAAAGGAGGAAGGCUAAAUGCAUUCGUUAUGUCAACUAUUCCAUCAAAGUUGAUUCUGAAAAUCAUUAUAGAGAAAGGAUUUUGCUUUUCCAUCCGUGGAGAAAGGAAGAAAUAGACAUAAAAGGAAACAAAUCAACAUAUGAAGAAAAAUACAACCAACUGAAGAGUUUUAUCGGUGCUAAAGUAAAGAAGUAUGAACGCAAUGCAGGGGAGUUGGAAGAGGCACAGAGGCAAGCUGAAGAGGCUGAUGUACAAUUUGAUAGAGUUGCACCUAGUGCAGAGCAAACUGAACAAGAAGACUUGGAAGAAGGAAGUAGGGAAAGUGAGGCAUUUGUGUAUUUUGACCCAAAGCGUCCAGAAAAUCACCAGAACUAUGACAUUGGAGUAGAUCUUGGAUUACCUAGUUGUUCUACUAAUGAUGAUCAAACUCUUCAGUACAAAAUGACCAAUGAGUUGUAUUUUCAGUUAGUUAGCAAGUUAAACAAAAAGCAAAUGGACUUCUUUACUCAUGUGCUUCAUUGGAUUAAAACCAAAAAAGAACCACUUAGAGUUUUCCUUACUGGUGGUGCAGGAGUUGGAAAGUCUGUUGUUGUAAGAGCUUUGUAUGAGGCACUCACAAGACACUAUUGCUCUACUGAAGGUGAAAAUCCAGAUGACUGCAAGGUUCUACUUUGUGCUCCAACUGGAAAAGCUGCAUUUAAUAUAAAAGGACAGACAAUACAUUCAGCAUUCAAAAUUCCAGCAAGUCAGGGGUUUAACUGCAAGCCUCUUGAUAGUGAAUCUUUGAACACACUUAGGACAAAGUACAAAUAUUUGUCAACGGUCAUCAUUGAUGAAGUUUCAAUGGUCGGAAAUUCUCAGUUAAAUUGCGUACAUGAGCGUCUGAAGCAGAUAAAAGGGAGCAAGGAAUAUUUUGGAGGUAUCAAUGUAAUUUUGAUAGGAGAUCUUUUCCAGUUAAAGCCAGUAAUGGAUGGAUGGGUUUUCGAUGACUUGAAGAAAAACUUUGGACCAUUGGCAAUAAACUUAUGGCGGGAAUUGUUCACAAUGCAUGAGCUUACAGAAAUAAUGAGACAGAAAGAUGAUGUUCAGUUUGCUGAGUUACUUAACCGUUUACGAGAAGGAAAUCAAUCUGAAGCUGAUAUACAGACGUUGAAGCAGCACUGUGUAGAUGAAUCACAAUCAGAAUGUUUUAGAAAUGUUCCACGAUUGUAUACCAGAAAUGAAAGUGUGAAUGCUUACAACAACCAAGUGUUUCUAUUGGCUCAAGGUGAAAAGGUCAAUAUACCAGCUCAUGAUUCUGUAGUAGGAAGGGAAAAUUUAAUACAGCACUUAAAUUUGCCAGAUGACUCCUCUAAAACAGCUGGAUUGGCUAAAAAUGUUCCCAUAGCACUUGGUCUCCAGUAUGAAAUAACUGCAAACUUAUCUGUUGAGGAUGGGCUUACAAAUGGUACAUCAUGUAGAGUAGAGUACAUAGAUAGGAGACAAGAAAACACUGAAAGACCAAGUAUAAUAUGGGUUUCUUUUGAUGACAGAAAUACUGCAAAAUCAUGGAGAUAUCAGUAUAGACAUCUCUUUGGGCAUGAAGUAGAUAAGUCUUGGACACCAAUAUUUGAUGUGAGAAGGAGCUUUCAGUACCUGCGACACACUGUUGUUCGUAUACAAUUUCCAUUGCGACUUUCUGCAGCCAAGACUGUACACAAAUCUCAGGGGGACACAAUGGAUCAAGCUGUUAUCAAUCUCGAUAUGAAUCCAAAAUUUUCAUUGCCACACAUUCACUAUGUUGCACUAAGCAGGGUUACGAAGAUUACAGGACUUCAUAUCUUGAGUUUAAAUGAAAACAAAAUGUGUGCAUCUGAGAAGGUGAAAAAAGAAAUGUGUAGACUACGGACAGAAGCAACAUUACAAUUAUGUUUUCAGCCGAUAGAUUCAACAAACAACCAGACCAUAAACAUUGCAUUUCAGAAUGUAAGAUCACUGCAUGCCCAUUUUGCAAGUUUCAAAAAUGAGCCAAAUCUUCAACGGUGUCAUAUCAUAGGAGUAGCUGAAACUUGGUUGACAGCAUCAGAUGAAAAUGAAGAUUAUGAAUUGGAGAAUUACAGCAUGUUCAGGUUGGAUUUUGCAUUAAAUCAGCAAUGUGCCAGACCCCAUAGAGGCAUUAUUACAUACAUUAGAAAUGACUGUCAAAUCAUUAAUCAUGUGAGCCACUCAGACAAAGACUUGGAAUGGCAGUACAGUGAAGUAAAGUUUAAAAAUGAGAAUUAUCAAGUUGUUGUGCUAUAUAGAAGUCCUGGAUCUACUGUUGAAAGAGCAAAAAACAACUUUAUGAACAAAUUGUCCAAAGUAGUUAAGAAUCAGCAGAAUAUAGUCAUUAUUGGGGAUUUCAAUAUAGAUCUAUCUCAUGGAGGCUCUUCAGUGGCUACAUACAUGUCUGCAGCUUUCAGUUGUAAUCAGAUUGUGUCAAAGUCAACCCAUUCUUCUGGAUCAUUGAUAGACCAUAUUUACACAAAUGUGACAUGUCAUAUUAUCACUGAUGUCAUAGAAAGUGUUUAUUCUGACCACAAAGUAAUAUAUACAUCUUUAGCUAGAGAUAUUUAA